AUGGCAAAAGGGGACCAAAAUUUGAGUGAAGGCGCAGCAGGAAUAGAGGCGCUUAGAGAGGAGCUGAAAACUAGCAAUGAGGCAGCAAAUCAGCGCCAAGAAGCGUUAGGAAAAACGUUGGCGGCGCUGAUGGACAAAAUUAGCGUAUUUUCGGGCACCGCGGCUCCACCAAAAACGGAGAAUUCUCCCUCAAGUUCUGAAGAGAGACCUAAAACUGAUUUUGCUGAGCUGAUGCUCUUGGAAAUGAGGUUGCCAACCUUGACGGGCAGGGAAAAAGCAAGUGAAAUCAACAGUUUCCUGUAUAAAUUUAAAGUAGGGGCGAGAAAUCUUCCUUCAUCAGAGAAGAGGGAUCUUCUUGAGUCCAAACUGGCACAUCAAGCAUUGAGAAUUUGGGAACAUUGCAAAAUGGCAGCGGGUGACAGGGAAUUUGAAGAGAUUUUUGAUAAUUUUGAAAGCGAAGUGAAGAGUCGCAUCUCCGAUACUAGAGACUGGUCGGCGAUAUUUUUGAAGCCUUUCUUUCGCAGACACGACUUGCACAUGCGUGAUUAUGCGGAUAGGAUUAUGGACCUUACAGUGCGCGCAUUCGCAGGGGCACCCAAAGAGAUUCUUGAGCGACAAAUGAUAGCGAAAUUUUUGAGCGGCGUAAAUCAUAAGGAAGUUGGAAUUGCAUUAGCAGCCGAAAAGCAUAAAAAUUUGCCAUUUGAGGAGAUGGUUAAGAUAGCGAUUAAUGUGUAUGAUUAUAGCCAAGGAAACGUGUGCCGACCUCAACAGCAGCAAGCAUUCGACAAUGGGAACGACUUCAUUGAUCCUCCUGCAGCGCAUCUAAGUGGGUUUUGGGACAUUCCGACUCAGAAUAAUCGGCCGACUCCUCAAUCAACGGGUGGAAACAUCAGUCCAAAUGCAAAUCAACAUCAGGAUUUUCACCGCCCCGGCCUGCAAUAA